UUAUAGGCAUCAAGAAAAAGAGCAGUCCCUCAGUAUAUCUAAUAAAGAUACUGCUGCCAAAGUAUGUACCAGUCAGAAGCUGUACAGCUCUUUAAGGAGGAAAGCGAGUGAUACUGAGACUCAACUACCAGCACUUCUUGAAGCCAAAAUGCUUGCUGCAUCAGAGAGAAAAUUAAAGGAGAAUAUUCUCAAAUACAUGACAAUUCUGGAGGAACAACUGCAAAGUUGUGUGAGCCAGCUUCUUGAAAGAAUUUGGGAAGUUGACUUGGAGGCCUGCCAGAUAUUGAUCCAGGAGUUUCAACUGAAAGAAGAUGGCAGCUGCGUUUUUGGGGGAGAAGGGAGUCAAACAAAUGAAGCCGAGGACACUGCCAAUGCAUUGUUGAGCACCAAGCAGGGACAAUCAAAACAUGUACCCAUUAAAGACUCCAAGCAGAGUGUUAUCCAGCAUCCUGUCACUCGAAGCAAACACCGAAGUGCACACUGGGAAUCAAAGAAGGAAUUACCUGUACUUUCCACAGAACUUGAAGAAAAAUGUGAACAAAUCAGUGAGAAAUUGUUGCAUUUGGAAGAUCAAAUUCAAACAGCAAUUUGCAGCUGCGAUGAAAGCCUCAGUCAUAUCCUUUGUGAUUUACUUUCUUUAAUAUUCCAGCAUAUACAGUCUCUUCAGAGAGAGAUCCAGAUGGUGAAGGAAGCUCUCCAGGCCAUGUUGGUGCAGCUCCAGCCAGCUAAGGAAGCAGAGGAAGAUGCUACUGCUGCAGACCUCCUUGGUGACAGUUGAUGUCCGGGAAAGCAAGCUUAAAGGAGUGAUGAGGAGGAAGGCAGAGGGGAAAGCCUAAGUCGCAAGGGCUGCUUCCAGGAACAGAAUGUGCUGUUAUUAAGCCUCAAGGAUUCCUCCUGUCUCUGCAUAACUAAUGACUACUAAAUCAGUUACAGAAAAAAUGGAGCCUCUGGGUCUUGCCUGACACACAUCUUAGGUUGCACAUUGCCCAGCUCUGGAGACAGCUUUUAAAGCAGAGCAUCCUUCCUGCCCACCCUUCCAUGUGCAAAUCUCAACUGGGUGCAUUUGAAAUUAUGCCUUCCAGUAAGAUUUUUGUAAGAAAGGCAUGACAAUCUAUUUGUGAUUUUCUCAGUCUGUUUUUAUUUUUUUGCACACUUGACUGAGUAACAUUGAAAGUUUGUAUUUUCAGAAGUAAUUUUGUAUCCUGACAACCCAAGGAACAGAAGUUUUAGCCCCAAUACAGAGCCAGUGCCAAUACAGCCUUACCCCACUUAACAAAAGAAAUUGAGGAAUUGUAACAUUUUUUAAAACAGGGUGCAUAUUUGGGGGUCUUGUAUCCUCCAGUGCUAGAAAACAAGAAUACACAGCUUAGAAAAAAGGGAAGGGAGAACAAGAAAGAUAAGGUCAGUAACUGAUGAGAUGUUUUAAGGGUAUAGAACAGUCAUGAUCUACAGUCAUACUCACAUUCUUUAGAAUGCUUUUGAUGUUAGUAUAACCAUUACAGAUACCUCAGUGUUUCCAUAGUAAUUUGAGGGAGGAAUUGCAUUUUCUCAGCAACUCACUAUUAUGGUUGGCGAUUCGGACCGUCCAAAUCCGGGUGUGGACCAAAUCUGCACUGAUUCGGACAGAUUCAGAUGAGUGGGGUCCGAAUCCAAGCUGUCCAAAUCCCAUCCGAUUCGAAUCCAUGGGAUUUGGAUCAGCAGCCGAACUGCAUUUUUAUUUUUUGGUGAUUAAAAUUCAGUGAUUGUUUUGUCUUUCAAAUUUUUAAAUGGCUGAAGUCUUAAAUACUUCAGACACACUUCCUCCUGUGCUUUGUUCCAGAAUCCCAGUAUAUUGGAAUAGACAAAUCAGAGAACCCCAAGGCAUGAUUCAGGACCUCUACUACAUUCUCAGGAGAUUUGGCUAAGGAUAUAUAGGGCUGAAUAUCAUCAGUAUACUGAUGGCAGUCAGACCCUAAACAAGGAAUGAUUUGUUUUAGGGGCUUUACCUAGAGAUUAAAAAGCAUGGGUAAUAGAAUUACCCUCUAGAAACCCACAAGAUAGAUCCCUCGCUGAUGAUAAAUAGAUUCAAGUAGCAACUCUUUAAAUCCAAUCCAUGAGGAAUUAUUUGAACAGGUCAACACAUAUCCCCUAAUCUCUAGUUGUGCCUCCAGGCACCUCAACAACUAGCAUGAUCAAUUGUAUCAAAGGCUGCAGAUAAAGCCAAUGAGGGCAACAGAGAGGCUUGGCCUUUGUCUAAACUCAGGCAGAAAACAUGAGCUAAAGCUGGAACUAUCUCCAUCCUGUAGCCUAUCCUUGAACCAACGUGAAAAGGCUUUACAGCAGAUAACUUAUCCAAGAAGACUUGGAGUUGGUUCACUACUGCUCUGUCAAUUGCUUUGCUCAGAAAUAGUGGAUUAGAAAUUGGGUGAUAAUUGGCAACAUCAGUUUUCUGUGGGGAUUUUUUUAAAGUAGUAGCUGAAUGGUUGAGGGAAGGUGUCCUGAAUUAAUGACUGAUUUAUACUAGAUAGUACACAUUUGUGGAUAUGGUCCUUACAUGAUUUUAGCAGACAGGAUGGACAAGAAUUCAGGGUACAAAAAGUGACCUUCACAAGUCCUAGGAUCUUGACCACAUCCAUCAAGGAAAUUAGGUAAAAAUGAUCCACAAGUCGCCCAGGUGGUGUAUUAGGGCUGUGUCCUGGUGUGCAUAUGUUAUGACUGAAAUCUAGAUCAGUAUCCUUGAUACUUUAUCAGCAAAACACUUGGCAAAAGUACUGCAGCUAGUUGUUUGUUCCUGAGACAUUAGAAGCUCAGAUUUAGGCAGCAGCAAAUGCCGAGCCCCCUUGAACAAUUGGGAUGAAUAUGAACUAGCUAUAAUACUAGGUAAGUAAUCUUUCUUUGGCACCGUCACCACAACUCCAUAGGACUUAGAUGAGCUCUGCAGUGUGGUCUGUCAGAUUCAAUUCAAGUUGGUUUAACUUCUGCUCCCUUUUUUUGCCUCCUGAAUUUAACGUUGUGGAAAUUGAGUUUUGACGCUAUUCUUAAUUGGAAGUGCUUAACAUAUUUGGCCCUUUUUUUGUGCUUAUUAUUUGAGGCCAUUAUAGGGGGGAAAAGUGGAAUGUAUAUUUAAAAAUAAAUUUAUUUUUAAGAAAUAUCCCAUCUUUCCACUGCAAGGCAAUACCUUCUACUCAGCAUUCUCUUAAAUCUACCUGUUUAAUUGGUCUGGUUGUGUGACAAAAAAGCAUAUUCAAAAGCAUUCAUAAAGAAAGAUCUGCAUAAUUCAGCAAAAGAGUUUUACUGUUACACAUGGGAAUGCAAGGUUUGCUGUGGUACACCUUGGCUGCCGCAACCCUCCCAAAAUUGCAUGAGAAUCCCACAGAAGCACUCCUUCACACGAAUGGAACACGUCCUAGAGUGCUGAGCAGCUUGCUCGCAUGAGUUUCAAAACUCCCCAGAGUGAACAGUAUUGCAUGGGUUUGCAGGAGCACAGCAGUUUGAAAAAUGGGCUGUUAUUUAAUGAACAAUGUACUCAGAGUUUAAAACAUUCCUACACACAUCCAGCAUUCCAUGUUUAAUGUGACUGUGAUUAAUUUCUUGCCUUUAAUAAAUAUGGAAAACUUCUAAAAA